AUCUUGGUGAAGACACUAAAGGGCAAGCCUAUCACGCUUCCCGUGAACGCUAGCGACACGAUCUUCAGCGUGAUGGCUAUGAUCCACAAGAUGGAACGCAUCCCGGUUCACCAGCAGCGCUUGAUCUUCGCUGGCGAACAGCGUGAGUCUGAGCGCACACUGCUGGAACUUGACGCUGUGCCUGCGCGAGGAUGCGCAGACCACGGCUUCCGCUUCGGGACAGGUCGGCUCCAGGAGGCGAUCGCGGCGCUGUGCUACCAGGGUGCGCUCAGCGCAGUGCGGACGGACGCCCGCAAGGCGGCCCUGGCGCCGCCCGCGGGCCCGCCCGACGGGGUCCCGGGAGCCCCUGAGGUGCUGGCUGCGGCUGCCGUGGGGCCCGAUGGGGCGUGGACUGUGAGCGACGAGGACGCGUUGGGCGACGACCUCUGGUACUUCUGGCGCGCUGCCCUCGGCCUCCCUGGGUGCAUC